ACAGAGAUGUGAGCUGCUCUGACCUGCAGACCGCCGGACUUCUACCUCCCGCUGCCAACAUGGACACAGUCCCUCACCGACGGAGACCAACAAGUCGCUCCUGCAGUCUUGAGGACACAAUAAGCAGGAGCGCCACCUUCCAUGAGUUCACCCACGCCACAGCCAAGGCUGAGGAGGGGUCGCCACGACCACGACGCAAAACCAUCGCAUCGGUUCUGCCUCAGUCUAAGGAUCAGAAUGGAAACUUCCCUGAGAAGGAUGUGGACAGGCAAGUCGCCAAACGUCUCAGGGAGCUGAACACAGAAGAAGUCUGCCAGUGGUUUACCAAUAUUGGACUGCAGAAAUGCCUGCCCUUCAUCAAAGACGCAAAGCUGUGUGGCGCAGACGUCGCUUCGGUCGACGUGAACACUCUGGACCUCCUCCACGUCACCUCGCUGGAAGACAGAGAGCAGCUGCUGUCGGCUAUCUACAAUGAGCUGCAUCCUCCCAGCACCAUCACCCAGAGGCUCGACUCUCUGCCGGAAUCCUCAGGUCCCAAUGUUGAGACGUUCACUGAAACGUUGGUUAAAAUGAGCAAAUCUACGUCUGCUCCUCACGUGAGCUGCCUCAGCAUGAAUCGACGUUCCCUCAAACUCAGAAACAACUGCCAGAACUACAUGGUGCUGAAGAAUCCUCAGCUCAUAGAGAUCACUAUUAAUGCAUCAGAGCGGAUCGUUCAUCUUAGGACCCCAAAGGAAACAGCGGUGGGGAAAAUCAUGGAUUCCUGUAUCAAAAUGCUGGGCAUGACAGAAGAUAAAAGUCUAUUCGCACUGAGGGAAAAGCAAGGCUCUUCAGAGGAGCUCCCACCAGAUCAGCAGAUCGGGAGUCUGCUUACAUCGACGUCAGAGAACAGACAGUUGGAGCUGCAUUUGUGUAAAAAGGAGAAAGCAGCGACUGCCUCCCCACACAGACCAGAGGUCGGCAACUCCAAUAAAAAUGGUAACACCAACAAAAACAUCCAGGGGAACCAGCUGGCUAAAGAGGAGAGGAUUAGAGAGCUAAACCUCCAAGUGGACUCACUACAGAAUGUCAUCUUUCAGGUCCAGGAGCUCCACCACGGCCUGGUAGCGUUUUGUUCCGAGUUAAAGAACAUGGAUGGAGAUGAGGACGUGGACAGGCUUGGCUCAGUCGAGCUGAAGCAGAGGCUGGAGUCGCUCAAAAGUAAACUGAACGACAAGAGGCAGAGUCUGCAGAACCUCAAAGACAACAUUAAUAACUCCGCCGCUCUUAAGAAGAAACAGCUGGAGGUCCGUCUCUUGGAAAAGAUGAAGCUGAACUGCCAAGUGUUCAAGGAGGAGAUCUGCAUGGUGCAUCUCAACCGACAGGUGGCUCACCUACAGAACGCCCUGCAGGAGAGCAAGGAGAGAACUCGGAAAAAGAGUGUGGCCAUCGGCAGCCUGAGCCAGCUGGUGUCUCAACAGUCUCCGGCCAUGCUGCUGCUCGUGCAGGAGAACCAGGGCUCUGAUGGACGUUACGGCUUCGCGUGUGGCUACAGAGAAGGCAGCGGACUGGUGGUGGACAAGGUGGCAAAGGUGGACAACACGCACCUCUGUGUGGAUGACAGACUGCUGGAGGUGAACGGUGUGCCGGUAGUCAACUUCACACAGGAAGAGCUGACCGACCUCCUGCUGCAGGGACCCAGCGCUCAAAUAGUCGUCCUCCGCCAGCCUCCGCCCACGCUCACCUGCCAGCCGCACCUGGUCCCCCCCGAUCCAAUGCAAACAGUCUGCCCAGAGCGCGAGGUGGUCGCCGUGGAAACCCCUCCACGACGAAAAGUGAUGGCCAUCUGAUGGUGCGGCGGAGAGGAGCGAACAGUCACGACGAGGAUGUUCAUGUUAAAAAUGUAAAAAGCUAAACUGUUCAAAUGAGAUGUCGUAUUGUAAAUGACAUAAUGUUAAAUGCAAUAGCAUCUGUGUUAUUUAUCUCCUUAUGUGAACUGGUUUAUUGUAUUGAUAAUAUGUUCUUCAUAGAUUGUUUCCAAAUGCAUUUUUAGUAAGGGAUGUCAAAUAGCAAUGCUGCAGUUCCGUGUGUUUUCUAUCUUCCCCAUAUGUACAUAAUUUUGUUCUUGCUAGAUAGUAAUGUAUAAUCCAUAUUGGUUUAAUGUAUGUGCAGAGCAAUGCCUAUGAAAAACAUGUUUUUGGAAAAAGAAAAGGGUGAGAUUAUACCCCCUACUGCACUUUUUCUAUUUGGCUGUCUCCUGGCUCCACAUCAUAUUUGUGGCAUGAGGGAAUAUGAAAAGGAAAAAGAGGAAACACAGAUGCAGAUAAAGCUUCGCUCCAGUGAACAUGUGAUAAGCAUCCAGAAGACUUCUUUUUAAGCAUCCAGCAAACUUUCUUUACAACACUGUGAGCCUCUGCACCGCCUCAAAGAACUGCAUAGAGACUCUGUGACAUACUGUAAAGACAUAUCUGCAAAAUCUGUAUCAUGUUCGGAAGCUUUCUCUUUGCAGAACAGACACUAAGAUGGACUGGAGUGUUUCGGAGGAGGCUUUUUUUUUUUAAAAUGAGUUUCCCCUUUGCAUGUUGUAAUGUAAUCCACAGUGCUGUAGGAAUUAAACCCUUGGGCCCGGAAAUGCCUCAUUUCUCAGCCUUGUUCUCCCUCGUUAAGUGGCAGUGGAUCAUGCAAGUCUGACAGAGAAAACAGCACAGACGCUACCAAGCCCUGACCCAGACCCCCGAGGUCCAAAGAGCCUGAGAGGAGAAGUGAUGGGACCAGUUUGACUUGUCAGUGGAUGAGAAAGGUCACAGAUCAGUCGAUACGUUGGCGAGUUACUGCUUUUUGCAAUCAAAGGCAAAAUAAGCUCCACAUAAUCCGCCUGAUGGGGGAGAGGGUGUUUCCUGGUUGCCAAACAGACCCACUCAGAAAGAAGGCUAUGAUAAUGGCAAGCUGCAGACUUACUGGAUAUGUGAGUUUCAGCCACGCCACAACAUUUUCUUACACCCACUGACACAGAUGAACCCUCAUAACCAUCCCCGGGAAGCGUGACAGCACAGAGAAGAGAUAUCCAAAACCACAAAAUAUUACAAAAGCAGGGUGUACACAUGUGCAGGGAGAGAGGCAUGGAGAGAGAGAGACAGAGACACAUUUGAACAAGGUCGAUCACGCUCAUUGUCAGCAUGACCAGGCAGCAGGGACCAAGGUCAACCCGGGCUAUUCAUCCAUUCGGUGCGGAGACAGGAUAGAAAUUCACAGCCCUGCAAAGUGGAGCCACACGAAGGCAGAAGGGCAGAGGAGAGAAUGUGUCAUGGCUGCCUUUAUGGAAAUAAAUUAACACUGGAGAAAAUGAGACAAAAUCCUAUAAACACUGCUGCUGGCACGAGUAGAAAGACGCCGUGGGAUUCCCGGUGACCAGCGCACACCAGAACACACACCAGCAGGGCUUUGAUACUCCGGCUGUAAACCACUGCAAGCUGUCAAUCUGAAAAGCAGAAGAAAUCCGCCGGGCUGAGUAAUUGCAGUGACACCAUGCAACCUUCAAAAGCUUUCCUAAGAUGCUGUCAAGUUGGAGAGGACCUACACUCGGCUGUACAGUGUGUUAGUCAGGAACAUCUGCCGGGGGGGUUGAACUGUACACUGACCUCCUCCUCCACUUCCAAGGCACCUCAGGUUGACUGAGGCUGUACCUGACACGUCGUGGCACAGAGCAACCGACGCUGCAUCUGGUUUGCCUUAGCAGCCUCAGCAGAGCUACAUCUUGCGAAAGACUGAUAAGCUCUGAGGCCGGUCCGGUGUGGCUGGAUUUCUCUCUUCUCCUUUUUUCUUUUUUUUUUUUUUUUUUUUUGGUCCUGCGAGCCCCAGCUUCUCACUGCUCCACCAUUGAACCCCCCCUCCUUCAACUCUCUAACCACCCUAUGACAUUUAAGGGUGCCUGGCAUCCGUUUGAAGUGGGAGAGGGGGCAUUAGCUCUGAUUUCCUGCCCAAAUCCCACACAAGCCAAUAAAAUGCAUGCAGGUCAGAGGCAAACCAAAAGAAUUCCUGUCCGCCGUGUGUUAGACAAACAAGAUUGGCAUUUUGCCUUAUUGCACAGACCAAAAACGAAUGCACCUUCCUGUUCGGUUAGGGUGUUUGCGACCAUCUGCUCCACGAGACUUUAAAAUGUAGUUAAUCAAUCAAUCAAUCAAUCACAUUUUUGGGGAUGGCCUUAUUUAUAAAUCAUUUGCCUUAUGGGACUAAACAAGGUGCGAAAUCCUCAACAAGAGAGAAGGAAAAAGCUAACGACAAAAACAGCAAACUCAGAGAGAAUCACAAGUGAGAGAUCCCACUCCCGUGAUGGACAGAGGUGCAAUAGACGUUGCUUAUAAGGGAGCAAGUCAACAAACUAACUAUAUCUUGAGCACUAAUGAGAAACAGACAGUGAGAGGGAAUGUCUGACAAACGGUGAGCUGUUAAUUAGAAGAGAAACCUUUUGAAUAUAUGUAAAUCGCAGCACAUUCGAAUGUCCAUGUAGCUCUGUGCUGUAAAGCAUUAUGUCGUUAACAGAGCCCCACACCUUCUAGCCUCUUGUGUUUCAGUAAUCACUCAGCAGCGGUGAGGGCCCGGAAGGUCAGAGUCAAAUCCCGGGGGGCUUCUGAUUUCAUUUUGCUGAGGUGGAAAUGGGCCUUCUGUCUUUUCCUCUGGCAAAUCUCACUCUAAGCAGCAGCACUCUGCACUUGAGAGAGUCCCCAGAGAUAUUCACGUGUUGACCCUCUCCUGGUCCACGCCCGCCGUGUUAUUUGACCUUUGUCCCAGGUAGAUUCCCACUGCCGGAGCCAGCCAGCUCAGGCAAGCCGAGGGAGUACUGCCAUCUGCUGGAAGUCCAGCAAACUUCACACCAUUGUCUCCUUUGUGCAGAUGGAUUUGCCUCUUGGGGUUGAUUAUGAAGCAAGUCUGAUUAGAUCAAACUAUUCAUAGCAGGCGAUGUAAAGCAAUUAUCUUCCAUGGAUGGAUUCCUAAGCUGGAAAAAUCACAGGCUCUGAAAUACAAUCAGUGAUGUGAUAAUGUGGCAGACUAAUGUGAUUAAUGUGCAAAACACACACGUCUUUCGUUUUCAGGUGCUGACCCACUGGAACUAUAUUUUCGGCCUUUACAUGCUGUACUAAAUACAGGAGUAAGAUGUUCUGGUCUCAAUAAAAUGUCAAUACAUCUGUAUUUAAUCUCAAA